AAGAUUGAUUCUUGGUUUCUCGCGUCUCGCGUUUCAUGCGCGACAUAAUGGCUAAAACGGAAAAAAGAGACGACGACGUUCAUAAACAAAGUGGAUACACUAACGAGGCCUUUCAGCUGGACGGUUUCGAUUCUCACGAAAAUAUUCCACCAGAUUACCCGACAGCGACGCAUCUUGACAAACAGCAGGAGCAUCUUGAAAGUUCAACUGUCACCAAGGAGGCGGAAUGGGGAGGUAGACUAGAGUUCCUGAUGGCCUGUAUAGCCACUUCCGUUGGACUGGGAAACGUGUGGAGGUUUCCGUUCACCGCAUAUGAAAACGGCGGUGGCGCCUUCCUGAUACCCUACAUCAUAGUCCUGAUCCUGGUCGGGAAACCGUUUUACCUCCUGGAGGGUCUCUUAGGACAGUUCACCAGUAGAUCCUGUGCGAAAACGUGGUACAUGACGCCGGCCAUGAAGGGAUUGGGAUACUCGCAGGCUUUCGCCGCGUUCUGCGUCGUUUCGUACUACUGCGCCUUGAUGGCAUUGACCCUGCACUACUUGGUGUCGAGUUUCCAAUCUGAAUUACCGUGGUCGAUCUGUCGUCCGGAAUGGCAGGACUAUUGUAUCGAUAUUUCGACGAACAACAGUAUCUCCGAGGGCCGUAACGUCACCGUUCGAAGUUCCGCGGAGCUGUAUUUCAGGAAGACGGUAUUACAGGAAUACGAGUCCAUCGAGGGCGGUAUCGGCGCGCCGUCCUGGCAAUUGUCGAUAGGUCUGUUCCUGAGUUGGGCCUGCGUCUUCGGGGUGCUCUUCCGCGGCGUGAGGAGCACAGGCAAAGCCGCCUACUUCCUCGCUAUAUUUCCUUACAUCGUGAUGACGGCUCUGCUGGUCAGAGCCGUGACUCUCGAGGGUGCAGUCGACGGCAUCCUCUUCUUCGUUACGCCGAAAUGGGACGCCCUGUGGAAACCCACCGUCUGGUACGCCGCUAUCACGCAGUGUUUCUUCUCGUUGUCUGUCUGCUUCGGGCCGAUUAUCAACUACUCGUCCUACAACAAUUUCGGGCACAGGGUGGACAGGGAUGUGAUGAUAGUGACCACGCUGGACACAUUCACCAGUCUGAUGGCCGGUUGCACGAUCUUCGGUAUCUUGGGCAAUCUGGCUCACGAGAUGAAAACAAAGGACAUCGCGAAGGUGGUUCGCGGCGGCACCGGUUUAGCCUUCAUCUCCUAUCCGGACGCGCUAUCGCGCUUCACCUUCGUCCCGCAGCUGUUCUCCGUCCUAUUCUUCGUCAUGCUGUUCGUUCUUGGCACUGGAAGCGCCGUCGCGCUGUGCGGCGCGGUAUUUAGCAUCUUCCGCGACCAUUUGCCCAAGAUGAGGCAGUGGUUGUUGGUGCUCUGCGUCACCUGCUUCGGCUUCGUCGUCAGUCUCGUCUAUAUCACACCGGGCGGCCAAUGGUUCAUAACGUUGAUCGAUUACUACGGCGGUACUUUUGUGGCGAUAAUCGUCGGCGUUCUCGAGAUGAUGACCAUCUUCUGGGUGUACGGCCUCAGAAAUUUCCUCAACGACAUGGAAUUCAUGCUGGGCAAGAGAUUAGGCUUCUACUGGCGAUCCUGUUGGCUCGUAAUCACGCCUUUGCUCAUGAUCGUCAUACUGAUUUACACGUGCGCCACUUAUGAGCCACCCACGUAUGACGGUGCACCGUUUCCCGAUUAUGCCUACGGAAUAGGAUGGUUCGUGCUGAUUCUGGGAGUGUCUCCCAUCGUGUGGUGGGCCGGCCAGAAAAUAAUUACAAAUAGAACGUCGUCUUUCACCGAAUCCGUCAAGGCAGCGUUUCGGCCCGCAGGAGGUAAAUGGGGACCUAAGAACCCGAAGAUACACAGAGAAUGGGAAACGUUUGUGACGGAGAAAAAGUUUGACGCUCAAAGCGGUCUGAUGACAAUAUUUUUUAAGUAGAAGCUCUUUAUUUAUUGCUUCCCUGCCCAUCUAAGUCAAUUAUGUAUUCCUAUUCAACCUCUUGGCUAGUUUAAUGAAGUAGAAAAGAAAUUAUUUCAUUAUAUUCUACGAAAAUGUAGUCGACAAUUUAAAAAAUAUAUUUUCAAAGCACCUCAAUACCGAAUCAGUACAAGUACCUGAAAAAAUGUACUUGAAUCUCGAAAGUGAACAAUAAAACGUACCUUCUGA